AUGAAUGUGCUGUUCUGGAAUGUGAGAGGGCUCAACGAGGAUACUCGGAGGGUCCUCUCGGAUCAUUGCCAGAUUUUUAAACCCUUGCUCAUGGGUAUUGUGGAGCCAAAGUCUGCUUUUGCUAAUAUUCCUUUGGCUUACUGGCAUUCUAUUAAUGUCAUUCCAAUCCAUCAAAAUGUGCGUCUGGGUAUGAGUUCGAACAUUUGGGUUUUUGCAGCUCCUCAAGUCACAACUUCUAUGGUUUUUUCUUCCAGCCAGGCUGUUAUUCUUGAUUGCUCUUGGCAUACUCGCAGGUUCCGGGCGGCGUUUAUUCACGGUGAUUCCUCUCCGGGGGAACGCCGACAUCUUUGGAUUGAUCUGUUGAAUCACGUUGUUGAUAACAUGUUCUUUUUUGGUGAUUUCAACGCUGUUAAAGGUGCUCAUGAACGUAUUAGUAACUGUUUACCAAGUGCCGCUUCUUGUAGGGAGUUUCGUGAUUUUAUUGAUGCUUCGGGUUUCUUUGAGUCCAACACCACUGGGCUUUCUUUCACCUGGUGCGGUAGACGCCAUCUACCCUCUCAUGUUGAAUCGAUACUUGAUCGUUGCUUGUUUUCUGCCGGUUUCGUUGCCAUGUGGGAUUCGCUCAACACACACAUUCUUCCUCGUUUGUCUUCUGAUCAUUCCCCACUGAUUCUGCAAUGCAUGGAGGGGGCUUCCUGGAACGCUCCUACUAACGUGAACUGUCCGAUACGUUUAGUUAUGAUGAAGCUGAAGCGGCUACGGUUAGCGCUGAAAAAUUGGAACAGGCAAGUGUUCGGUAAUGUUGAUGAUCAAUUGAGACAGCUGCAGAGUUCUUUAGAAGGGAUCCAACGGCGGAUUGCCAAUGAAGGAUAUUCAGAGUCUCUGUUUGAAGAAGAAGUGGAGGUGCAGGCUCGCGUUGGAACGAUUCUUUCUAGAAAAAGUGCUCUGCUUAAGCAGAAAAGUCGUAUUAAUUGGCUGAAUGAUGGGGACAGAAACACAAGUUUCUUUCAUAACUCUUUCAAGAUGUGGCGUAAGCAGCUCAUGCUGCCUCAGCUUAUGAUUGAUGGCACGAUUGUUUUUGAUCAGGAGGUUAUCGCUAGUCAUAUUGUGGACUAUUUCUCAAAUUUAUUCUCUGAGAAUAUGGUUUCACAAGUGACUACUCAAGAGAUCCAGACGGUGGUGCAAAAUUGUGUCACGCAGCAGCAUAAUUCCCAGCUGACUAGUAUUCCGGCUGACGAGGAAAUUAAAGCAGCGGUGUUGGAUUUGUCGGGUGACAGUGCGGCUGGCCCGGAUGGCUUUAUUGGUAUUUUCUUUCAACGAUGUUGGGACACUAUUCAGAGCGAUAUUAUUAAGGCGGUUCGCACCUUUUUUACUAAGAGCUAUCUGCCUCAUGGUAUGAAUUCGAACACUCUCAUUUUAAUUCCAAAGAAGGAUCCGGUGGAGACGGUUGCUGAUGUGCGACCUACAAUUCUUUCGAAUUUUUUCUUUAAGAUCAUUUCAAAAAUUCUUGCAACAAGGCUCAGUUCGGUGGCAGCUGAUUGUGUUUCGCACAAUCAAUUUGGUUUCAUCAGGGGCAGGCUUAUUCAUGAUUGCAUUAUGUUGGGAUCGGAAGGAGUUAACUGUAUGAAAAGGUCUUGUCAGGGCAAAAAUAUGGCUUGCAAAGUAGAUAUUAAAAAAGCUUUUGACACCAUGAUUUGGAAGUUCAUCAUGUGCGCCAUGAGUGCUAUGGGGUUUGAUCAGUCCUUCCUUCGAUGGCUUAUGAUCAUUUUCUCCUCAGCCAUGCUCUCUAUUCUUUUCAAUGGAAAGCUUUGUGGAUAUUUUGCUUGCUCACGCGGUGUCAGGCAGGGGGAUCCUCUUUCCCCAAUCAUCUUUGGUAUUGCUGAGGAUGUGCUUAGCAACUUAUUACUGAAGGCGGUGGAUUCGGGCAAUCUUAUCCCUAUGCGUAUGAGCCAGAAUUCUCUUUUCCCUACUCAUCUGCUUUACGCGGACGAUAUUCUUAUUUUUUGCAAAGCAUCUACACAGAAUGCUCGGACUCUGAGGGACAUUUUCAAGCGCUAUGGUGAGUUUUCUGGCCAGAUUUGCAGUAGUGAAAAAUCGCAUGUUUACUUUGGCAAAGGGGUUUCUCUUUGCUAUCAGCGGCAUAUCACUCGUAUCCUUUGUUUCUCGACUGCCAAGUUGCCUAUGGUUUACUUAGGGGCCCCUCUCUUUGUUGGGCGUCCAAGAGCAACUCAUCUAGCGGCUAUCAAAGAUCGUAUUAUCAAUAAGUUUGCUCGUUGGAAAGGGCUGCAGCUGUCUAUGGCCGCGCUCACCUACUUUGGCGUUAAAGAGCUCAUUCCGGAUUUGGUUGAUGAUUCGUUUUGUUUACUCGGGAAAGGAGCCUCUAUUUAUUUAUGGAAUGACGAUUGGUUGGGAUAUGUGAUUGCAGAUAAGAUUAAUAUUCCUGCUUUCAUUCGCUCAAGGUUGAACCAAACGGUGGAGGAUUAUUUUUAUGACGGUGUCUGGCAUUUCACUCAGGAUUUUGUGGAUGAAUAUCCGCAUAUUAUUUGUGACAUCCUUCUCUUGCCUAUUGGCAGCAAUGAGGAUACUCGCUUUUGGAAACCUUCGGUUCAGGGGGAUGUUACUGCGAAACUUGCUUUUGUUUCUCGCUGUCAUCGUUUUCCACGGGUUUCUUGGGGGCUUUGGCUUUGGGAGAAGUUUAUUCAUAGACGUCUGCCCACGCUUGACAAGCUCAUUCCUAGAGGGCUCAUCAUACCUAAUUAUUGCGCGUUCUGUUUAGGUGCGGCGGAAGAUAUGGAUCACAUACUUUGGUCCUGCGUCAAGGUUCGUCCUAUUUGGGCGGACUUUCUCAGCUGGUUCGAUCUUGGCAGGGGCAUAGAAUGUCAUGAUAUUCAGAGUUUCUUAAUUUUCUCUUGGUCUGUUGAUAUGAGUUCUCAGCUGAACAACUUCUGGAAACUUGGAGUGAUUACUCUUAUUUGGACACUCUGGACGGCUCGCAAUAAGAGCCACUUUGAGGGGACUUCUAUGCAGCAUAAUGCAGUGCUUGCUUUCCUACGUUCUUCCUUCUUAGAGGUUGAUACUUCGUUUGGGAAGAUGGGUUUUAUUAACAACCAAUGGGCUGACUAUCUGGUUGUUCGACGGCUUGGGAUUCGGGUCAGAGAGAGGCCACCUCCUAAGUUUGAUUCGGUUUAUUGGUCUCCACCGGCUUUUGGAUGGUUGAAAGCGAACACGGAUGGCUCUGCGGUUGGUGCCCCGGGACGUAUUUUCGCUGGUGGGGUUUUCAGGGAUUGGAAGGGUUUUGUGCGUGGUUGCUUUCAUGUCGAUGGAGGGAUUGGUUUCGCUUUUGAAGCCGAGCUCCUAGGCAUUAUCUCAGCUAUUGAAUAUGCUUUUAAGAACGGUUGGAAAAAAGUCUGGUUUGAGGCGGAUUCUUCUUAUGUGGUUCAUAUGUUAUCCACCAAAUCGAGCUGCAUUCCUUGGCGCUUUGCGGCUAUUUGGGGACGUGCUCUUGAGCUGCUGAACAUGAUGGAGUUUAGGAUCACGCAUAUUUUUAUAGAAGGAAACACCCCUGCGGACAUCAUGGCUAGUCCACAUACUCCGAUUGGUUAUUGGAAUCACAAUAUUGAUUUAAUUAAGGAUGCAGUCAUACGCGAUUUAUCUGUUGAUAGCCAUGUGCGUCAAAGAUAA